UUCAACUUCUGAUGUUUUUUGAAGAAGAUGCUGUUUUAACAAAGACUCGAUGGUUAUUUGGUCAGAUUUUGUUUGGGGGAAUGUUCCAUACUGGAUGAAGACCAUCAGGAUUUAACAGAUUUUAGGUGAUUGGAAAAAUAAGAAUGGAGAAAUGCCCAGAAAAAGGAACUUCUUUGAAUGGGGCAGAAGCAACUUUCAAUGUACUGGAAGAAAUGUCGACAGGGUACAAUCAGUGUAACCCUCAUCCCUUUGACGAAGAAAAUGCAGAAUUUAAAUAUGUAAAAGGAAAUGUACUUCCACCAGAAACUGGUAGCAAAAAUUUAAUUAUUCCAUGUCAUGAGUUUAAAUCAUUUCAGCUGGCGGCAAAGAGAGAUGCAUUCGAGCAGGAAAUAAAAUUUGCAAAGGAGGUUAUUAAGUUUGCUGCUGCAUGUAUGAACUGUAGAAGCAAUGGGACGAUUCAUUUCGGAAUUGAGGAUGGUAGCGAGUAUGCGCAUGGAGAAAUAGUGGGCAUGCCUGUCCAAAAUAAAGAACUCUUUGUUAAUGCACGAGACGUGUACAUUAAACGGUGCUUUUUGAGAAAGUAUCAUGCCCAUGCUGAACGUUCAAUUCGUCCGCCGAGAUUUGUUGAAGUGAUUGGUGAUGGAAUUGGAGAACAACGUUUUGUUAUUGAAGUUGAUAUUGUUCCAUCACUGUCAGUGGUGAAGGGGACAUUUUAUACAGUGCAACUUCCUGAUCUUGGCAAGUCUGAAAAGGGAGCUCUGAGAUAUUUUCAUCACUCAAUCUACAAAAGAGAAGGAGCUUCUUCAAUCCGCAUUCCUUCAGGAACAAUUCAGCAUAUACCCGAGUAUAUACGUGAUAGAGAUUUUGAAAGAGAAAAGGCAGAACGUGAUGAAGAGCUUUCCAAAGAUGAUGUAUACAGGAAACUGUCUGAACUGUUCACAAGUAUAAAGCAACAUAUGGAUAAUGAAGUGAACUAUAUUCUAGUCACUGACAGCUGCAGAGAGGAAGAUGUAGAGAAUCUCAGCUUUUUGCUACGAAUGAGGUUUUUCUGUGUUUUAGAUUUUGACCCCAGUGGUAAGAUACAUGGUUUGUAUAAUUCAGAUUGCAAGGCCAGCUCUUUUUCCUUAGAUGAAUGCUUCACUGAGAGUAAUUCAUUGGCUGACUGUGUGAUGAAGGAUUCCUUUCAACGAACCAGCUGGAUAUUUUGCAAUGGGCAAAGCCAUAGUGAUUGGCAAAAACCUUCUGAUGCAAACACCUGGAUGGAAGCAAGAGGGAAGCACCUGGUGGAUAUGAUAUCACAACUCUGCACUGCAAUCCCUGAGCCAUUUGAGGUACUUUUUCUUUGGCUGUCAGCAGCAAAUCAGCUAGUAGCACAGGCAUUUCAUGAAUUCUAUGCUAGAAUGCAUGCUAAAAAUCACAUAAAAUGCAUUGUGCAAAACAGAGAAUAUUAUAAUAGCUGGACAAGUCUUUUGGACAAUACAUGUAAUAGAGACACACUUAAUAACCUGAGUAUUGUAGGAACAAAACUUAGUUAUUUAGAUAAUAUGAUUCAGACUAUACAAUCUUCACAACAGUUGCAACAUGAUGAUACAGAAUAUGAAGAUUUGCUGCCUUGCAUUGAAGUACUGAGAUCAGAUGAAUACAGCUGUUUAGAAGUUAACGUAGAUGAUGAAGAUUGGAAGAAAGAAAUCAGAGCCAAGGAAAUGCAUUUUUACAAGGGUGGAAAAGUCAACUGGAUGAACUUUUGGCUUGCUGAAAACAGACUUUGUAGUAACAUUAUAAAAAGAGAUGCAUAUCAACAAGUUCAUAAUCAUUUGAAUCAAGUGUUAGGGAGAGCGAGUUCAAAGAAACCGGUGAUCACUUUGACAAUAAGUCACCAACCAGGCAGUGGAGGCAGUACUGUGGCUCGUUACAUCCUAUGGGACUUCAGAAAGAGACUGAAAUGUGCAAUUGUCAACACUUCAAGCAAUGUAACAUCAGUCUGUGCUAAGGCAAAACAAUUACAGAACAAUGAAAGGACAGACAAGGGGUUACCAGUGCUUCUGCUUGUUGAAGAUUGUGAUGAGGAAUACAUUGAUGAUUUGAAAAUCAAUCUAGGACAAGCAUUUGCUACUUGUUCUUCAAAACCAAGCUUCAUUCUACUGCAUUGCAAGAGAGCUAUAUUAUCAGAGACAUUUGCCAAUGCAUCUGACACUGUGCAUGUUAAUUAUAAAUUAUCAGACAAAGAGAAAAUGUUGUUCAACAGUAAACUGAAAGAACUCAAAGUGCAGUACGAUGAAGAUUCCAUCCUUACAUUUGUUCUAAUGAGCAAAGAAUUUCAACAAAAUUACCUUCAACAAUCUGUGAAGAAAUUGCUGACCAGUAUUAAUCAGACAUCUGAUGUCCUUAAUCUAAUUGGAAGUCUUGCUUUGCUAAAUCAUUAUGUGGAAGAUUCAUACAUUACAGAAUCUCAGUGGGAGAAAAUCAUAAAACGACACGCACACUGUGAACACUCACAGCCCCGUUCUUUAGAGAGCACACUGAGGAAAGCAGCAGGCUGUCUGCUCUCUUGUUUGUAUGAGCCUGAAGCAGAACUCCAGUAUAUUCGGAUAAUACAUCGUAAAGUUGCAGAAGAAAUACUUAAUCAGCUGACGGUCCCACAAAGUCAGAUCGUUAUGAAACUUAUUGAGUGGAAUGUAUUUUUCAAAUACCAAUCCUCUAAACAUGUAGAGAAAUUUAUUAGGCAACUGUUUGUCCAAAGAAAAGACAACACAGAUAAAGUCAAGCUUUCAUUCCCUCCUCUUAUUGCACAUAUAUGUGAAAAAGAGGAUAAAAUUAAGGCUGAAGAAGUUCUGGAAAAAGCUUGUGAAUGUUUUGCUCAGGAUGCUUUUGUGGCUCAGCAAUUUGCUCGAUUUUUAUGUUGUGAGAAAAAGUUUAUAAAAGCUGAGACAUGGGUGAAAAAGGCUCACUCAUUACAACCAUCCAAUUCUUAUAUUUUUCAUACAGAAGGUCAAAUAUAUUGGAGGUGGUGUAAGUCAUUCAACCCUGUGGCACAGCAAAACGAACAACAGACCUCUGCGCAAAGGUUUCGAAAACCACUUGGGCUCGCACUAAAGGCAAUUGAUGCUUUCCAGAGUUCUCAAGAAAUGGCCAAGGCAGAGUCUGACUGGAAUAAUGCAGGCUACUUCAGUGAAGUUGAAGUUGGGUGUUAUGUUGUGCAACUUUUGCCUUGGCUUGACACGUUUAAAAGCAAGAAUGGAUGUCACAUGAACCUGAUAAAAUAUUUACUGACAGAUUGGAUCCCGGAAGAAGUAGACACAGUCUGGCACAUGUUCCAUCAAAAACUAAAAGGACUGCACAACAACAUUUGCAAAGCAAUGGAAUCAGUUUAUGAACGCAUGGCCUACUUCUAUCCUGACAAACACACUGAAGAGAAACAUUUUGACCUGUUAAGAAAAAGUGAAGAACAAUUCUUAUUUUUCUUCUGUUUCUUUGAAGAUUCCAGAGACCAACUGCUGAAACAAGAAAACAUGGAACAUCUAACACCAAUUUUAAAACGCCAUGAAAUUUUUCAUCUGGGAGGUGGGCGACUCACUAAAUGUUUUUCUUUAGCCCCUGGAACGUUAAUGAAAAUAAUACAGCUGUGCACUAAUAAAUGUGAUGAAACUGAGCUGAGAAACUACAUCUUAUCACAGAUUGCCUUGGCUAUCCACCCCUACAAAUACACUCCUUCUGAAGACAAGAUUUCUGAAGAGGAACUUUGUGACCUGAGCCAUACCCUGUGUGCACUGAGUGCUCUAGGUCAAUGUCCUGUCCCGUACUUCAUACAGGUCCUAUUGUACUGGCCAGAAGCUGAAGCUGAUGAUGACUCAGGAGAAGAAAGAGAUACAUGUUUAAUUGAUGCAUUAAACGUUUUGGACGACAUGUACAAUGCCAAAAUAAAGGAUGUGCGGGCUAAGAGAAAAUCUACUCGCCCUCAUUUUUUCUUAGGGGCCGGAAGUGGCUUUCAGCGGUUUGUCCACAACACAUACCUCGGGGGUGGUAACCCAUGGGAAGUGAAUCCAAACAAGCUACAACGCAUUGAGGGCUGGACAGAAGGCAACCAGCUUUUUGUCCAAGGGCACUGCCAAGAAAGUAAGAUUCGAAUCCACCCUGGCCCCAAAUGUUUGAUACCACCUGGGAGCACAAGUGCUUCAUUCUAUUUAGGAUUUACAUUGCGAGGCUGUGUUGCUUAUGACAUUCAGUUUGAAUGA